UUCCUUUCUAGUUCACUCUGCCCUGUAAAGCUGAGAAACCAUUGUUAUCUGUGAGUAGGGCGUACCAGUCUAGGGCUCAAUAAUAUCAGGGCUGUCCAUUCAAGCCUUGAGCUUUCUACAGUUCUUUGAAGCUGUACCAUCUCGCCUUUCUUUGCCGUUACCUUCAACGGGUGAAUUUCAGCGCCAUAACCAGCUGUUUUAUCCUUCCUUUUGUAUAUGUAUAUAAAAGAAUUUGGAAACUCCUGCUUAUCGAUUGCGUGGUGAAUCUGAAAUAUUAUGUCUUGCUCUGCUUCUAUCGUCAGUGGCUAAGGUCAACUGCCAGGAGGCUAUUGGAAGAAAACGUCACGUGAAUCGGGGUGCCAAUGUUAUUCGAUAAGGGUGACAGGACCCUGACAGUUUGUGAAAUAAAUAUUGGGAAACUGCGAGAUGCAAAAAACGACAUACUACGACAACUGUACGCUAUUCAGUGGAUACACAUACCAGGGAGCAAAUGGCUUCAGCUACGAAGUGGCGCAGGAACCCUAUCCACCAUCUUCUCACGUUGAAAGUGAUUUUCAGAGGUCGGCCUGUUCCCUUCAGCCAGCUGGCACUAGUGUUCCGCAUCCCAAAUCUAAAGACAUCAAUGGGAGCUGCAUGCGUUCGAACCUCCCCGAGCACCGCCAACCUCCACCUGUCUCACCUCCCCAAAACCCCAGCAGCAACUCGACACAACCAGGCACCAGCAAGACUCUGCCCAAGUCUUCCCACACGUCCACUCCCAGCCUCACCAAGCAGAUAUUCCCGUGGAUGAAAGAGUCACGGCAAAACUCCAAGCAAAAAAAUAACAACUGUCCCAGUACAGCUGAAAAUGUCAGUGGGGACAAAAGCCCGCCGGGUUCUGCCUCGAAGCGAGCGCGCACUGCCUAUACCAGCGCGCAGUUGGUGGAGCUGGAGAAAGAAUUCCAUUUUAACCGUUACCUUUGCAGACCUCGCCGAGUCGAGAUGGCGAACCUGCUGAACCUCAGUGAACGACAGAUCAAGAUCUGGUUUCAGAACCGCCGAAUGAAGUACAAAAAGGAUCAAAAAACGAAAGGCAUGGUGAGUUCUUCCGGAGGACAAUCGCCCACGGGAAGUCCCCCGCUCCCCGUCCAGGCCCCUACCGGAUUUGUCAACGCCAUGCAUCCGCUUGCGAACAACUCUGCCUAUGACGCCCCUUCACCGCCGCCUUUCAAUAAACCUCAUCAGAACGCUUAUGCUAUGACCACAAGUUACCAAAACCCGAUGAAAGGUUGCCCAUCUCAGCAACAGAAAAGAUAUCCUGGGACAGCUCCUGAAUACGAGCCCCAUUCGCUACAGGGGAAUGGCAAUUAUGGGACACCAAAUUUGCAGGGUAGCCCUGUAUACGUUGGCGGGAACUACGUGGAUUCUAUGUCCGCUUCGGGGCCCUCUCUCUUCGGCCUCAAUCACCUUUCUCACCCUGCAUCUUCAAACAUGGACUACAAUGGUGCUGCUCAGAUGACUCCCAAUCAGCACCAUGGACCUUGUGACCCACAUCCAACCUACACAGACCUUACAUCUCAUCAUCCUUCUCAGGGAAGAAUUCAGGAAGCUCCAAAGCUGACCCAUCUGUAGCAGGCCCAAGCAGGAAGCUUUACUGAACAGAAGUAAACAAGUCACCCUUUCCUUUUCUCAUGAUAGGUUUUUGACCCAUUCCCUAUUGAAGUCUUCUCAACCAUGUAUGCUAACUUGUAUUAAUAUAUGUUGCUUAUAUUGUCCCUUUACAGAACUAACCCCUCCUAUAUAGAGGAUACCUACUGCAUUCCACAGUCCCUGCUCCCCACCCCACCCUUUCCAUCCUCCCCUCUCCAUUACAAUCUUUAGGGUUCUUAAACUUUAUAAUGCAAAAUCUUAAAGAUUGUACAUUUGUUUUUUGGACUCAACGUGAAACAGGGUAAAUGAACAAAUCUUCUGUCCUUUGAAAAAAAGCAAAAGUGAAGACAUUUUGGGUAUUUGCUGAUGCUGAAUUUCCUUUGGACACCUGUAUUGCACUUAUUGUUUACAUUUCAAUGGGUGAAACAACUCAUAAGAGGCAAGCAAUUCCAACCCAGCCUUGAAGGAAUCUUAAAAUUGAGUAGCUGGUGCGUCUUUCAAUAUGUGUCUAUUCUGGUGAACAUGCAGAUAUAUUUAUUGAUUAUGCCAGGAAAAUAUUUCUUCUUUUUUGUAUUAUUUAUCCCCAACAAUACGUAUUUAUAUAAAAAAAUAAAAAUGUACUUUUUAGUAUUUACCUGUCCACGCAGUUGUAUUCAUGUCACUGUAAACAAGUUUAUUUUAGUUAAUGUAAACUAGAACAAGAAUGUAGUUUUCUGCUACCAUUGUACCUACAAAUAAUGUAGUUAUAUUGAAGGCAUGGGAACAGAAUCGGGCAGUAAUUGUAUAGUCAUGAUUUAGAAAAAUAUAGCAAAUCCUCUUUUUCUGACACUCCUUGCCUUCUUCGUAGUUAUUUUCCUUGCUAAGAGUUGUCUGUCAAACAAUUCUGGAAUAAAUCUCCUGUUAACAGAA